CAUGGCUGAGUAGUGAUGAUCGUUUUCCCGCCUUUUGGCAGCCGAGAGAUAUGAAAUGUCAAACAAUAUAUUUUUGUACAAAUAUUAUAAAAUUAUCACGGCUUGAUUAGUGUGCAAUAUACACGCUAAUUAACAUGUCAUAUGAUGAACAACAAAAGAAACGGUUUAAGUUGCAGGAAACAGCUAUUGUAGAUAUUUCAUCUUCUAUUGAACACAUUGCCAAAUCUAUUGAAGCUAUGAGUGAGAAUUAUAGUGAGAUCUUAAAAAUCAACAAAAAUGUUGUCACCUAUCUGCAAAAGACUGAAAAAUGUGAGAAAGGAAUGAAUCAAACUGCAGCGGAUACAGAGGAUAUGGUCAUUGAAGAGGAGCAGUAAUUAGUAUAAUAAUUAUAUUUAAUUUAUAUCGCUUGUGCUUAAGGCACAUUGAUCCCUCACUGCAGUUUUUGAUAUGUUGUUAUUCCAAAAAACUAAUAAGUAUGCAUACAGUUUCUUGCUUUGAUAUAAUUCAAUACUGCGAUGAAGAAUCUUAAUAUUUAAGAAUUUCAUGUUAUAAUGACAAAACUGCAGUGGAUACACAGCAUAUAAGCAUUGGAAAGAAGCAGUAAAUAGUAUAACAAUUAUAUUCAUCUAUAUUACUUGUGCUUACAGCACAUUGAUCCCUGCAGUUUUUGAUGUCAUUGCUCCAAAAAACUAAUUUAGGUAUGCAUACAGUUUUUCGUUUUGAUAUAAUUCAGUAUUGCAAUGAGGAGCCUUAAUAUUUAAAAAUUUCAUGUUAUAAUGACUUAAAACUGUUUUUCCUAAAACUGUUCAGACACUUUGUGAGUGUCCUUUAUUAUAAAUAUAAAUAUUAAUUAACAAAUAUAUUAUAUAUAUGAAAGUCUAAUGUUACAUUAUAAAUUUAUUGUUAUGUGUAAUAAGUAGAGUAAAUAACAGUUAUUUCUUACUUUGUCAUUAUAACAAUAAAUACAAAAACAAUAACUUUAUGAAAUAUAAAUAAUAUUGACAAGAGUGUAUAUUUUUAUGAAUAAUUCUUUUCUUAUUAUAUCACAAUAUUCUUUGAUCUUUAUCCAACAGUACAUACAUAAUAGUUUAACACCUUGGAACUAGUAAAGCCCAUGUCAUUCUGCUACAACUUAAUAAUAGAAUCACAAAUAAAAUGUAAUAAUAUUUCUUACACUACUAGGUCACAGACCUAAUUCAUUAUACUAUUUUAUACAUUGCGAACGCACCAAUACUGAAAAUUUAUAGAACAUGUUUUUUAUUGCGAUGAAAUUGUGAUAAUCUAGUGAAAUUAUAAAAUAAUAUAUAAAAUAAUUCGCUCUUCCAGUUCCGAGGCAUCGAAUUGAUAACAAGUCCCGUCUGUGUAACAAAGAGACUAAUAAAGUGACUGUGGAUACAUUUUAGCAGUCUUGUAAUCUGUACGUCCGUCCUAAUUCUUUGUCACUUGUAUUCUGGAUCUUCCUUCUGUUUUCUUCUAGGAUCUGAUGGGUCCAACGGAAUUAUCACAGGGGGCACGUUUUCAGGCCGACGAUUAGAGAAAUUGUAAUUUGAACCUUUUGUGGAUACAAAUCUGUUUACUGGUCUAGACAACAUUAUCGGUCCACAUCUGGAACAUAUUUAUGGUUACAUUGCGAAUAACUGACGACGAUAGAUUACCUCAAAAUUUCGAACUUCCGUGGCUGUUGGCUGGCAUGAGAGCAGAGAGCUACUGCAACAUCCACCGCAUCUUUUGAUCCGUGUGCAGGGCGGGAAGAUAAUCGUCGAGGGAUCGUCGUCGUCCAGUUUUAAAGAGACAGGUUGCAACUCGGGCACACAUUUAGCUGGUGUCGGUCUCUCUGCGUUUGAGCGUUCCUCGCCUUCGCCGAAUCUACCUGAAAAUUUGAAAUUCGUUUAUAUUCUGUAAUCUAGCUGAAAAAUUUUAAUACACAUUAAUCGUAUAGAUACAACAGCAUUAUAUAAAAGAUAUUGUAAGAAAUAGAAAGCUUUGACAAUUUGGACAUUAAUUUUCAAGCGUUAGAUUUUUUCUUUUUCUUGUGUGCAAACAUUUCGUGUUUACGUUAUUCGGAUCAGGUAAUGUCAACAAAACAGUAUGUGAUCUAAAGGUUUAAACGACGCGACAGUAUAACACGUAAUGUGAACAAACAGUUGGCCGAAUGCUUGAAGUAAAAUAAGCCGACAUUAAAUCGAUAUUAAAUUUUCUGUAGGCAUUAUUAAUUUUUUUUUCAAACGUAAAGAUGGCCGACGAACUUGCUCAAGCGAUUUCAAUUGCCAAUCAUUAUUUCAUGUUGGUUGAUGGAAUGAUUCCCGGUUUCAAGGAUCAUCUUGCAAAUUGUGUGGUGCUCAAAUGGUUUGGAAAAGAGAUCACAGGAAAGAAAAAUGUAGCUGCUUUUAUUGCGUUCCAUAAAACAGAAUCCUUUCAUACGUUUCACGACAUUAUGCCAAUUUUGGACAUCACCGCUGAGGAGAAACAAUUAAAUGGGUCGAGAGAAUCUUUAGAUCAAAAUACUAACAAUAAGUGUAAAACCCACACGUGCAAUGAAGAACUAACUCGCUAUUCACAUGAGACUGAAAUGUCAAUGAACCAUGAGAACGAAAUAGAUUUUAAUCGGGGAGAUAAGGAAAACGGUGCAACUUCCGUACAUAAGAAUGGCUAUGACACAUUUAAUAUUGUACAGAACAAGCUGAAAAUGAUGACAGUUUUGGAUGACGUGAAUGCCAAUACUGACGUAAAUCAAAAUGAAAUAAGUGCAAAAGCAAUCGCCAAGAUGGAUGAUAAGUCUUAUGAUCUUAACAAGAACGAUCUCUGUAAUCUUUUCGAGCCCGAGAUUACGUCUGAGGCUAUCGUCGAGAAGAUACAGAACAUUAAUAGGACAGAAUUGAAAGAGGAAAUGGCACCAACCAUCAGAGCCAUCAACAGAGAGUGUGGUCAAGGAGAUGGACCUGUUAUUGUUGAAGCUGGUACGACUAAGUACCUGGAGGCAAAUGGAACAAUAAAAUUUUCACGGCUAAAUAUACGAGAAGAUUCUUUAUUUUUAUAUCAUCACUCAAAAAGCUGGAAAAAGAAGAAUUGGGAACGAAAAUGCAGAUUACAGAUUGCGUAUUCGUUUUUAAUCGAUAAUGUAUCUCCGGAAAUUGUCAAAAUUGACAUGCAGAAAAAUGUUCCUUCUACCACUCAUUCAAAUGCACAUAAAAUACAAACUAAAUUGCCAAGUCUAGAAGAGGCAAUCCAAGUUAGCAAUACAUCAAUAAAGGACUCGAACAAUUUCGGUGGUUAUUUGCAACCCUUAAAUUUUUCAGAAGAUCGCAAAAAUUAUUUGAAAACUUUCGAAGCUGAGAUGCAAAAGAAUUUCAACGUACAAUCUUGCGUGCGUUACGUGAAAAAUAAAUUGAUUUUCGAUUAUCCGAAUAAAAAACCACUUUUGAAUGUCAUGUAUAAAAUUCACAAGAUCAUUUAUACCGAAGUUCAAUAAAAUGUGUGAAUCUCUUACGUAAAAAAUAGCAGAUGUAGAAUAAAUCUACACAAAAUUGGCGUUUGUAUCUAUAAUUACAGUAUCACAAGGGAAUUAAUUGGCCGGGGACACGCUUCGGCGAAUUUGUAUUCAAUAGAAAACUAUAUCCUGCGUUAAUCGAAAAGCCAUUUAAACUAUUACAAAAUUCCAACAAAAUAUUUUUGUAUUUGCAAUUGUAAAAAUUUGUAACAUACAUUUUUUAAAGGCUUAUGGUACUGCAUCAAAUGUAUCAGAACGCAUACGAUCCACGUUAAUUUACAAAAUGAUCUCAGUAUACUGAUAACUGCACGUUUGUGUAAACAGUAGAGUAAUUAAAGUAUACCGCCGCAAAUAAUUUGUUUCUCCUAAUUGUUAGAUGGAAAAUAUUGAUUUUAUCACGAUUACACAGUGAUUUUAUUUGCAUCUCGACAAACGAUUAUUUUGUUCUACGAUACUUACACUCUAUUACGCAUAUUGAUUACGCGAUAUUGAAAAAAAAACAGACGUAAUUAAUAAUAUUAAUAUAUUUUCUAAUAUUAUGAUUGCACAGUGAUAUAUUUUCUAGUUUUUGUAGCAAUAAAUUGUGUAAUAAAUUUCAAUUUCGAUACUUUUAUAUAAUAAAAUACAAUAUGCAUAAGUAGAUCACAAUUUGUUCUAUACUUUUACGAUACGACCAAUUUUUUAAGAUUAUUGUUUAUUAUUGGUACAUAAUAAUAAGUGAUAAGACUUUGAGUGAAUUGAACUUACUGCUUAAGGUAGAUCCCUUUUGUGGAACACCAUGAAGGAGCUGCAAAAACUCGUCCGAUGAUUCUAUGGAAUUUAAUCUAAUGGCUAAAUCGAGCGGUAUCUGAAAAUAAAAUAUAAAAAAUAUUUUUACAAGAUAAGUUACGUGUACAUGUAUUAUAUAAAUGUAGUUAUUCUCUAUACAUAGGUAUAUAAUGUCUUAGUCAGUAAUAAUCUAAUCAAAAUCCGAUAACGAUCAUAAGCGUGGUUGAUCGAUAUAUAUGACUAACGAUAACUUAUGGUUUCCUAGCUUUUAUUUUAAGAUCAAAAAUGAUUGGAAGUUAUUUUAUUAAUUUGUAAUCGGCGAGAUUUUAUCGUAUUCUAUGUUCUGAGAAAUUUAAUAUUAAAUAAUUGUAGAUUAUGCGUUUAUAAAAUUAUUUAAAAG